AUGCCGGCAGCCGCUCAAACGCCCUCCGCUCGGAGCCCGGACGCGCGCCCACCCUUGGCAACGCGCCAGUCUCGGCUGGCGUUCGGCGGGCAGAUGCUGACUGCGCCCGGCGGUGCCAGCAUGGAUCCGGUGCCCGGCGAGCGGGCGGCUCUGGUGCUCGCCUCCUACAACCGACUGCGGCACGAGAUCCAGGCGCUGGUGGCGGAGAACCGAGAGCUGGCCCGGGUCGUGGGGCAGCUCCGCGGGCAGCGGUAUGGCCGUCUGGAACAGCUGGACAGGGGCCCCGCCACCGCGCCCCCCAUCAUCAAUGCCCCCCAAGGGCACUUCCCCUUCCCUAACCCAGUGCCCGCGGGCAACUGGCAAACGAUGCCGGCGGAUCCGAAUCUGCUGUACCCGAUGCGGGACCAGCACGGCGUGUGGCACCGGAUCCUGCCCUCGAUGGGCAGCGACAUCGGCACCGACAUCAGCAGCGGAGUGAUAACGCAGAGCAGCGGCAGAAGCUUCCCGAUGGUGCCAAGCCUCUCUGGCUCCUCCCGGUUAACCUCCUACCCCUUCAGCACCUUCGGCUCCACUGGUGGCCGCCCCCCACAGGCGUCAUCCCAGAUGAUCCAGGUGCCACCACAGGACAACUCGGUGCCACCGCAGGAUGUGCCGGUGCCACCACAGGACGUCCCGGUGCCUCCACGGGACGUUCCGGUGCCACCGCAGGAUGUGCCGGUGCCACCACAAGACGUCCCGGUGCCUCCACAGGAUGUUCCGGUGCCACCGCAGGAUGCGCCGGUGCCACCUCAGGAUCCGUCAGCGUCAGGGCCGCUGGUGCCAGAGAUGAGCAGCUUCGGGCUGCGGCUGUCGGAUCUUCAGAGCUCGGUCCCUAGGGCGUCCCGCGAUACCAGCCGGACGCUGUCUGGCUUGGACCAACCACUCACCUCCACACCGAGAGGUGCCCAGCAGCAGACAUGGGAGCAGCUGGUGGGAGAGGUGGCAUUCCAGCUGGACCGCCGCAUCCUGGCACGCGUCUUCCCCGACCGCCCCCGGGUCUAUGGCUUCACCGUCUCAAAUAUCCCCGAGAAGAUCAUGGCGAUCAGCCUUGGCGCGGUGCCCGGGGCUGUCGCCGAGCAGUGGGCAUCCGCAGCUGCCCAGCGCUACGUGAGCGUCAUGAGGCAGCUGCGGGCACUGGGCUACAGCCCCAGCGUGCACCCAGCCUUCGCCGAGUCCCUGGUCAACACCUACGGCAUCCUGUCAGACGUUGGCAGGCCUGCCACCAACCGCGACCCUGCCUUCCUGCGCCAAGUGGUGACCGACACGGUGCCAGCCGAGGCGCGGGCGAAGGCCAUGGUGCUGCUGGAGUGCCUGGAGGAGCUGGCACGGGAUGAUGGGCAACCACUCUUCUGUUGAGAGGCCGGGUGGGCGCCAGUGAAAACCAACGCCGGCGCCAAUG